AUCAUGAGUCCUUUUUUUCUUCUUUUUUUUUCUUUUUAUUUUUUAAUCAUAACAUAACAUGAUGCCUGGUGAAGCUAUGCUUUUUUUGUUUGCCAUUAUUAUGGAUGCUCUGCUCCUGUUUAUGAUGGUCUUUUUUGUCAUCAUGUUUUCAGAUUUAGAAUGUGACUAUAUUAAUCCUAUUGAUCUCUGUAACAAACUGAACCAGUUUGUCUUGCCCGAAAUGGGUGCACAUGCCUUUUUGUUUUUCAUGUUCCUUGUCAAUGGAAGUUGGAUAGCUACUCUCUUGAACUUGCCUUUGGUUGCCUAUAAUGUUAGAAAAGUGGUGAAUGGACGUCAUAUGUAUGAUGCCACAGAGAUAUUCCGUACCUUGCCUCAGCAUAAAAAGGAAAGCUUUAUUAAGUUGGGCUUUUACUUGAUUUGCUUCUUUUACUUCUUGUACCGAAUGAUUUGUGCAUUAAUUGCUGCAGAUGCAUAAGAUAGAAAAAAGAAAACAACGAAGGGAGAGAGGACAAUUGUUUAUAUAUGUUGUAAUGUCUAUUUCUUGCUUUAUUUUACGCGUGUUCAUAUAAAGAUCAAUAUACUAUGGUACAUACUUUGCUUUUUGUUUACAG